AUGCUCCUUGGCGUCUCGGUUAACGCUGAUGUGAAGACGCGAAGGGUGUGUUCAGCAGCAUCACCAGGGCAAAGCUGUCAACCUGCUGCCGCGAAGCAGAAUAAGCUGAAGAAGAGGAGGGGGGAGGCGCCCAGCGUCGAAAGUAAUUUUGGGAGAGUCGUUACUGUCGGAUGGAGAAUGGAGGAAAGACACAAGAAGAUCCUUCAGCGCAACAGGACCAACCUGGUGAGAGACUUGGACCCAUCGAACCUCUACGACGGCCUUCUUGAAAAGGGAGUUUUCACCCAGGACAUGAUCGAUGAGAUUAAGGGCUCUGGGACCAGACGGGACCAGGCCAGACAGUUGGUCCGGGACUUGGAGACCCGCGGGAGUCGAGCUUUUCCAUUGUUUCUGCUGUGCCUUCAGGAGACAGGGCAGCACAGUCUGGCGGAGCUCCUACAGAAUGGAGCUCCAACAGUUCAUCUACAGCCCGCGACACCCACCGAGGUUCUUCGGCCUGUUCUGCAGCCUCUCCCAGUUUCCUCUCCAAUGGAUGUUGACAAGCAAAGAAAAGAACUCCCUGUCCAUCCAGUACAGAGACCCAGUACUACUCCCAGUCCAUCACCUGAAAGGGAGCACAUAAGACCAAGACCACCAGGCAGACAACGACGGGACAGUAUACAGAGCUAUAAAAUGGAUGCCAGCCCAUGCGGGCACUGCCUCAUCAUAAACAAUGUGGAGUUUGAACCUCAGAGUGAAUUGAGCAACCGAAAAGGCUCCAACAUCGACUGUGACAAGCUGGAGAGAAGAUUCAAGGCGCUCAACUUUAUUGUCGAAGUCAAGACAAACUUGAAACAAAGACAAAUUAAGCGUGAACUGUCAGCUCUGUCUAAGGAGGACCACUCACAAUAUGACUGCUGUGUGGUUAUCAUGCUGUCACAUGGGACUGAGGUGAGUCACAACCGGUUCCCUGGUGCUGUGUAUGGUGUGGAUGGACAGUCCGUCCCAGUUCAGCACAUCACAAACUACCUCAACGGCCAGCACUGCCCGUCUCUACAGGGCAAACCCAAACUUUUCUUCAUCCAGGCAUGUGGAGGAGGUGAAAGAGACACAGGUUUUGAGGUGUCACCGGAUGAGGUCAAACCAUCGUUCGGCGGAGCAGACGACCAGACGGACGCCAUUCCCAUGUCAUCCAGCAGCGACUCUCUGAGCAUGUCAGACGAACCGGACGCCAGAGUCACUCUGCCCACGCCGAGUGACAUUCUGGUGUCCUACUCAACUUUUCCUGGUUAUGUUUCUUGGAGAGACACCCAGUCUGGAUCGUGGUACGUUGAGACAAUGGACCGUAUCCUCGAGGAAAACGCUGCCACAGAUGACUUAGUGACAAUGUUGAUGAUGGUGAACCACGAGGUCUCCCAAAACUCUGCAAAAGGGCUCUAUAAGCAAAUGCCUGGUUCCUUUAACUUCCUCCGCAAACUUCUCUACUUUCAAACCCAAACGUAGCCAAGGUUCAAAGUUCAGCUCGAUGAGUUUCUGUUUCAGAUUCAGGUUCAAUGUUCAAUGUCUCUUUCAAUUACUGUAAUUUCUUGGGAUUGUGUCUCAGAUGAGUUUUGAGAUGUAUGAAUUUGCUAAAUCGUGGUUUUACAUUGAUAUUGUUUAUCAAGCCUUUCUGUGAUUAAUCAUUGAUAUCUUCUUUAUAUGAACUUUUUAAGCAUUAUUGUCAUCUUGGAAAGAAAAUAUGUACUGUGAACAUGUGGCUCAGGUUAGUUUUUUUUUUUAAUAUAUAUAUAUAUUGGUGUCUUAUCAACACGGCCACAGUUGUCAAGAACAGAUUUCGCUGACUUUUAUUUUCUUUCUCUUUUAUAUUGAUCAUAUUAACAAAGUGGAUUUUUGUGAAGUCGUUUUGUGGAAAAUGUGAUAAACUCCAAAGGUGUCGACUCUCA